AUGUUGUCACGGUCAACCCAGCGCCUGGCCAGCCAGCUGCGAUCUCGGCCCCUGCGAUCCUUGCCAACCCUUGGCUCACAAGCCCCUGUGAGGGCACAAUCUCGCUGUUUCGUCGCAACUCGACUUUCAAGUUCCAGCUCUACGAAACCUCCUUCACCUACUAAGCCAGCGGCUUCACCGAAAUACCCAAACGCCUCCGUUGCAAUCCUUCUCGCGGGAGCAGCCUCACUAUACCUCGGAUACAACUUCGCGCAACAACCCCCUACACGAUGCGAUGCCCUCGAGAGCACUUCCGUCAAUAGCACAGAUUCCUCUCUUCCUCGAUAUCGCAUCACCGAAGUUCGCAAACAUGAUGCCCAUUCGGACCACCCUUGGGUUAUCCACCGCGACAAAGUCUACGACAUCACCGAGUGGAUAGGGGCGCAUCCCGGUGGUGAUGUUAUCCUUCGCGCUGCGGGCGGCUCCAUCGACCCUUACUGGGACAUCUUUUCCAUACACAAGAACGACUAUGUAUACGAUAUCUUGAAUCAAUACCUAAUUGGCUACGUCGACCCAGCCGAUCUAGUCAAUGGGCGCCCGGCGCAAGAAGCGAUCGAGGAUCCAUUCUCUGAUGAUCCUGUGAGACAUCCAGACUUGGUGACCAUGACGGAGAAGCCCAGAAACGCAGAGACUCCCGCAAAUGCUAUGACAAACGAAUUCCUCACUCCGAACGACCUAUUCUACGUGCGCAACCACAUGUGGGUGCCAAAAGUCGCCGACAAUUCAAAUCAUCACAAUCUCACAAUAGAGCUUCCCGACGGCACUAUAAAAGAGUACACCCUCGGCGAUCUUAAAACUCGGUUCAAGCCUUACAAAGUCACAGCCGCUCUACAGUGUUCCGGCAAUCGCCGUCGUCACAUGAACGACGAAUCAGGCCACAAGACCAACGGUCUUCCUUGGACUACUGGAGCUAUCUCAAAUGCUUGCUGGGAAGGUGUAUUGUUAUCCGAUGUACUGGCAGAUGCAGGCUUUGACUUGCACUCGGGUCUAACAGGGGAAUCUGAGGCCAAGCAUGUUCAGUUCUCAGGCCUAGAAGCUUACGGCGCAUCCAUCCCCCUCAAGAAAGCUAUCGAUCCUCAAGGCGACGUGAUACUCGCUUACGGAAUGAAUGGCCAGGCUCUUCCUCGGGACCAUGGAUUUCCUUUGCGAGCUAUCGUUCCAGGGCACGUCGCUGCGCGAUCUGUAAAAUGGCUGAACCACGUGACUCUUAGUGACGAAGAAAGCACCUCGCAGUGGCAGCGACGUGACUAUAAGUGCUUCGGUCCAAACCAGACACAAGUGGACUGGGAUACAGCACCUGCUAUCCAAGAAUUGCCAGUGCAAAGUGCCAUCACCACUUGCAAGCUUGGCGACUGGACAGUGAAGGAUGGCGACUUCAAGACAUAUACAAAACCAGCUUCAUUGACAGGCUAUGCAUACUCAGGUGGUGGUCGCUCCAUCAUCCGUGUUGACAUAUCCGCCGAUAACGGGAAGACCUGGUCUCAAGCCUCCAUUAUCCCUGACUGCUCCACCAAGGAAGGCGAGCAAUCACCCUGCUUUGGCCACGCAGCCUGGGCCUGGCGAAGAUGGAAGUUCCAAGGCAACGUGCCCUUAGACGCAUUUCAGACGACAGAGUCCGGGAAACGCUGCGCUACGUUCGUUGUCAAGGCUACGGACGAGGCGUACAACACACAGCCAGAGAGUCACGCUGCAACGUGGAAUCUCCGCGGGAAUCUUGCCACCGCGUGGCACCGAGUGAAGAUAUGUGCCGAUAGCCCCAGCGAGACGAGCAAUGAACGUGUAUAG